UGCAGUUAUUGUGUUCUGUUAAUAUAUGUACGUUUUACAUUGUUCUCUCCUGUCUGCUGAGAGGUGAAGGAAGGAGGGGUGUGUUGCUAGAAGCACAGGAGCACAGUGUCAGGCUCUGGGGGGCCCUGGAGAAUUAAGGAGUAUCGCUGACAUCAGCAAUGCGGCAAAAUGGAAAGUUCCAUCUGUAUCCUGAGUGGACCCUGGAAUCCUACCUCUGCCUACUGACACACUGUAUCUCCAGCCUCCAGAAAAAACUCCAACAGACUGAAAAUCAGGGUGUGAGAGCCAGGAAGGGGUUAUAUUCUCACCCAGGGGUUAUUUCAGAGAUUACCUCUCCCCACUUACUAUUGAUCUUCCCUCUCUGUAUAAAAGGCAGAGCUCAGGCGUCACUCCCACAUCUAGCUCCAAGAUGAGUUACGGUUCGGAUCAUUACCUCUCCUCCUCAUACAGGAAGAUCUUUGGAGACACACCCAAGGUUUCAUCUUCUCGCCUGGGAAGUGGCUUCUCCUCUAGAACUACAUCAGGGAGUGCUUAUAGGUCCCAGUCCCAGUCUCGCAGCAAUGUCUCCUCUGGGUCAUCUUACAGAAGGUCCAACAGAGGGCUUGGGUAUGGAGCACCUGGAGAACACCUAGAUCUGACCCAAACCUCAGCACAGAACAGUGAGUUUAAGAUCAUCCGCACCAAUGAGAAGGAACAGCUCCAGGGGCUCAAUGACCGGUUUGCCAUGUUCAUCGAGAAGGUCCAUAACUUGGAACAGCAGAACUUGGUGCUGGAGACAGAGCUCUCAGCCUACAGGCAGAGACAGUCUGAGCCCUCCAGGCUGGGAGAACUCUACCAGCAGGAGAUCAAAGACCUAAGAGCUGAGCUGGAAGACCUGACUAGUCAGAAGUCCCAAAUCAUCAUUGAGAGGGACAAUCUUGAAGAGGACUUUCAGAAGCUGAAAGGUAAAUAUGAAGAUGAGAUGAGAAUGAGAGAGGAGACAGAGUAUGCCCUUAAAGCCCACAAGAAAGAUGUGGAUGAUGCCACCUUGGCAAGGCUGGACCUGGAGAAGAAGGUGGAAUCUCUCCUGGAUGAGAUCUCUUUCUUGAGGAAGGUCCACGAAGAAGAAGUGACAGAGCUGAUGUCCAUGAUCCAAGCUUCCCAGGUGUCUGUGGAAAUGGAGAUGGCCAAACCAGACCUCACCUCAGCUUUGAAGGACAUCAGGUCCCAGUACGAGUCACUGGCUGCCAAGAACCUGCAGUCUGCCGAUGAGUGGUACAAGUCGAAGUAUGCCAACCUCUCCGAGCAGGCUUCUCGCAGCAGCGAAGUCAUCAGGGCCAACAGGGAGGAGAUGAAUGACUACAGGAGACAACUCCAGUCCAGGACCAUAGAGAUAGAGAGCCUGAGGAGCACCAAUGAGUCCCUGGAAAGGCAGCUCCAGGAGAUGGAGGACAGGCAUAUAUCAGAGAUAUCUGGACUGCAGGACACCAUCCAACAACUGGAAAACGAUCUGAGGAACACGAAGGGUGAAAUGGCUCGUCACCUGCGUGAAUAUCAAGAUCUUCUCAACGUGAAAAUGGCGUUGGAUAUAGAGAUUGCUGCAUAUCGAAAACUGCUGGAAGGUGAGGAGACCAGAUUUAGUACAUCAGCGAUGAGCAUUACACCUCCAAACCCAAAUCCGUAUCCCAGCUACUCUUAUCAAUCUCGAGUUCAUAGUUCUUCGUCCUCUAAAGCGAAACCAACCAUAACCUCCUUCAAGAAAGAGGAAACUGACGGAGCCUCUAAAGUGGUGUCGAAAACAUCUACUCAUACCGGAGAGACCUUUGAGGAAAUCAUUGAGGAAACUGUAUCAACCAAAAGAGUAGACAGGCCAGAUCAAAAUGAGGAGAUUAAUGGCAAGCCUUAGGAAAACAGGUAGCAUUAAAAACUAGGUACAAUAGCAGCAACAAAUUAAAAAUAGAAGUUUCACUCCAGUGUCCACAUUCAUUUGUAGAAUUCACGCUAGGGCUUUUCAUACAUCGAAUAACAUAUUGACAUUUCACAGAAAUAUCCACGUAAGUAGCAGUAUCCAUACCUUGUCAUAAACCCAGGCAGAGGGGUCCAUUCCUUGUCUUCCAACUGUUACUAAAUAUAUUUCGCAGAUAUUUCGCACAAUUCUGUACAAGCCAUUUGGAACUAUAGGGCAGUAACAGGUGAAAGGCCAUAAUAACAACCACUCGUAAAAAUCCAACCAUAGACCUUUAGAGAGGGAAAUUCACCCAAUGUAAUAAGCGAGCAAGGACUGACUUAUUUUUAAACUGUUACUGAUAUGUGCAGCUGCAAUCCUCAGAUUAAAAACAAAAUUAGCAAAAAGAGAAAUCUGCGGGGGAAAAGUGUUUUCUUUUUUCUUUUUUUAGCAGACUGCAAAUGGGUUACCUUCGAUUAUAAAAAUGCAAGUUCAAAAUGAACAGUUUUUUUUCCUUGCACUAAAAUUGCUUCUGAAGUAUUGUUUAGUCAUAUAAUAAUGUCCCCAUUCACAAUAUUUGGAGAAAAAAACAAAUAUAAAUCUGUUAAAAUCUUUAAAAAGAUGGCUCUUACAGGGAAGAAUAUUAAGCGUGUAGCUUUAUUGAGGUGGGAAAUAAAUUUUUAUAAUCAAAUUAAAAUAACAGCAUCGAAUACAGCACAUCUUAAAGGUAACCCAACCUAAUUUUGAGUCUAACAUGUCUUUAGUGGUUGUUUAACAGAAGCAUUACAGGAUCGGACAAAGUCUCAUUAGGAUUAAGAUAAAUGUGUGGUAAUAAAAAGUUCCAAACUUAAAACAAAACAAAAAACUGUUCACUUUUCUAGCUAACAUAGAAAUAUUUGGGGAUUCCCGUUUGAUCAAUAAAACCAAAUCUCAUUUCACGCAUAGAUGCAUGAUCACUUGUUGUGGCCUAAGUAUGAUAGAACGCUAUUUUUCAUUAUUAGCAACGGUUAGACUAGAAAACACACAAUUUUCUCACUUAGGACUAAGAUACUUGGGUGUGUUAAAUUAAGGCAAAUUCAGUUGAAAAAACUGUCUUUCACAUGGGCCAGCUUCACCUAACACCGUUGACUGAAUGAGGGUUGAGUAACCCAUUGCAAUACAGUAAUCACUCACCCCUACGGCACAUCAAGAGAUAAUACAAUAGUAGAGACCAUAUAAUCGUAGGAAACUCAAAGUGUCUGUUGGCAUUUCCACAGAACAGUUUCUAUUUCCUAAAACAAUUGCAUUAGAUUGUAUUCAAUGUUUGUCAAAGUAUCACAGGUAAAGGUGUGAAUGUUGCGUUAAUGUAAAAAAAACAAGUCACUUUCAAUCACUAAACACUCUUGAUAUAAGUAUACUGAUUUCGCACACAAUUGCAGAGAAGGAUAUGUGUAGCUGUUAACCUACAUUUCCCAAGAAAUAUUAGUAAGUUUGAAAAUUAGUCUAUUAUACAGCAAAAUUAAUAAUAUCAUAUAAUGUUUCUAAUAGUUCCAUUAAGAACAAGAAGAAUUAGGAUUUAGAAUAAAUAUGAUUGCAAUAACAAGUAAUUAUCAUGUUUUUUAAAUCCUUUUUUUUCCCCCCGAGCGUGUUUUAUAAAGAAACAUAUGCAAGGUUAAUCACUAAAGUGUCAAUUAUUGCUUGGAAUUCUAGUGACUUCAAAGUAAAUUUAAAAUGUAUUCCCAACAGAGCUGAAUUCUGUAAGUUAACUGUGGUUCAGACUUACUACUAUUUUGGUCAUCAGUUUUAAAUUCACUUUGAAUUUCCAAAAAUUCCUACUUCUUAAUAAUUCUUGAUGGUUCAUUUGCUGAACUGGGACCUGUUGAGAAUUGAGCAGAGAAUUGCAAUUUUUAGCCAAAAUAGCCAUUCAGCCAAAAAAAAAGACCAUGUGGAAUAUUUUUGAAAUCGGCUAACUUGGCUAUAAAAUUCCAACCGCCCCCUAACCGGGUCCUACUUAACAAAUAGCACAAUCCGUCUAUUUUUACAUUUGUGAUACAACUUUGCAAUUUUUAUGAAAGCACAAUAAGAUAAUAUACAUAUUUUCUACCUAAAAUAAUCCUGUUUGCACAUUUUAAAAUAGCACAUACUUAUUGCAAGUGCUCAAAAGGGGAAGCUAAUCACUAGACUGACUCGAUUUGUAACGAACUGACUCCAAAACUGACGCCCUGGGUAAAAUAAUCUUUAAAGCAGGAAAAUUGGAGAAUUUUAACACAGUUUAGUCAUGCGACCCUUGAGUAAGAUAAUACACCAGCUGAUUGCUAGUUGAUUGAUGAAUUAAAAGCCGAUAUAAAUGUAAGAUUUAUUUACAUUCUAAGAUUAAGUUUGCAAUUGUUGCAGAUGUGCCAAGUUUAAGAUAGGAUUUUGUACUGGGUCUUUAAAUGCAUACUUCAAACAUGAUUUUCCCAAUAUGAAGGCAGCUGUUUAGAUUUCUUGGGAUGUUAGGGGUUACAGCGAGGAUUGUGUUCUGAAAUUGUGUAGACGUGUCGAUGUCCAAGGGUGGGCUAUAACAGAUCAUCCAGCUGUUGUUGAAUUGCAACUAUCAUGAUUCUUAACCAGCCUAAACUUUUAGUUUCAACUUAGUGGCCGCUCAACAACAGCUCGUGACACCAAAGUGAAGGAUCUGGGGCACUGUGAUACCACAACAUGUGAAAAAACUUCAAAUAAAAUGUCUUUCUGGCA